AUGCAAUGCAGAUCAAUUGCACAUCGAUUAUAUUCCAAAGUUUCUCACAUAACGACCCCAAUUUUUUAUCCCAAUGCUAAACCGCACCUUGGGCAUCUUUACUCCAGUUUAUUAAGCGAUGUUCACCAUCGAUGGCAACUAUUGAACGGAAACCUCUCCUUCUUCACUACAGGUACCGAUGAACACGGUUUGAAAAUCCAAUGUGCUAGUGAAUCCAAAGGGUAUGAUCAACCAAAAAAAUUUGUCGAUAAAUUAUACCUGGACUUUGUUCAAUUAGACAAGGUAUAUGAUAUCAAUUAUACUAGAUUUAUAAGAACAACAGAUCCUGAUCACAUCGAAAACGUGAUAAAACUGUGGGAACUUUGUUCAAAAAAUGGCUUUAUUUACAAGGGCGAACAUAAAGGCUGGUACUCGAUUUCUGAUGAAACUUUCUAUCCGGAAUCUAAAGUCAUUAAAGACCCUAAAAAUGAUGGUAAAUAUUUGAACACUGAAUCGAAUAAUGAAGUAAUUUAUCAAUCAGAGACAAAUUAUUUUUUCAGGUUAUCUUCAUUCAACAAAAGAAUAGUUGAUCAUAUAAAAAAUAAUCCGACUUUUAUUUUUCCUGGUUCUAAAAGAGAUCAAAUUUUGAAAGAAUUAGAAACUAGUGGAGUAUUGCCAGAUUUAUCGAUAUCAAGACCUUCUUCAAGACUCAAGUGGGGUAUACCGACUCCUAAUGACCCAUCGCAAAAAGUUUAUGUGUGGUUUGAUGCCCUAUGUAACUACCUUUCCUCCAUUGGUGGCAUACCUUUCAUCUUGAGCGAUGUUGCUGAGGUAGCAUCGAAACAUCAUAACAUUAGAUCAAAUCACGAAACACAUUCGGUAAUACCAUACCCGAAAGAAGUCUGGCAGAAUACAACUCACGUGAUAGGAAAAGACAUCGCUAAAUUUCAUACCAUAUAUUGGCCUGCUUUCUUAUUUGCGGCUGGAUUGCCUUUACCGAAGCAAAUUGUUGUCCAUGGACAUUGGCUAUGCAAUGGAAUGAAGAUGUCUAAAAGUUUAGGGAAUGUAAUAGACCCGAUUGAUAUGGCAAAUUACUAUGGUGCCGAUAUUGUGCGAUGGUUCUUACUAGAAAAUUCUAAACUGGAAGAGGAUGGCGACUUCCAGGAAACCAAAUUAUUUGAAACGAGAGAACUUCUAGUCUCCAAAUGGGGAAAUCUGAUUAAUAGAUGUUGUAGCUCGAAAUUCAAUAUUGGGAGAGCUGUAAUGAAAUUUGGUAACAAAGAAUCUUCAUAUUUACAGGAAAUAUUCAAAAAUGAGCCAGUUGUUUCCCAACAAAUUGAUAACUUAGUCAAAUUAUUGGACAAAUCAAGAGAAGUUUUUGAUGAAAAAAUAACUAUUUUCCAAUAUUCUCAACUGCUGAAGCAUGUUUGGGGGAUAAUCAACGAUGCUAAUACCUUGGUUCAAAGCAGUAAACCUUGGGAGAGGGAAAUGAAUCAGCAAGAUGCUAUAAUGUUUUUGGCGAUGGAAACAUCUAGAAUUCUCUCCAUUUUAUGCCAGCCUAUGAUUCCAUCUCUCUCACGAAGUUUUCUAGAUCGUAUUGAUGUUUUUAAGGAGAAAAGGACUAUAAAUUACUCUAUAUUCGGGUGUGAUGGAACAUAUGGGAUGCAAUCGAAUAACAAAGGCCGGGAAGUUCCAUUGAAGAAAAUUCCAUUUAGGUUAUCGGAGUAA